AUGAACGACAACUCUAGUUUCACAACGAACGAUUACUCUAGCAACACAAUGGAUGAUAACUCUAGCUUCACUAAGGACGGUAACUCCAGUGACUCCCCCCAAGCCGUGACACAACUGUUUAUCUCCGACUCUAUGUACGCCCUGCUGGUCGAGAUCUUCAUCUACCUGUGUCUCUGUCUGUCUGUCGUUGGCUGUCUGGGCAACACCCUGACCAUCAAAACUUUCCUGACCAUGGGAGCCAAAGAUGGCGUCACCCUGUCCUUUCUAUUCCUCGCCCUCUCCGACCUCGUCUACCUCCUCGUCAUGGUCGCACACUCCGUCUCGCUGGCUUUCUUCGUCGUCGAGAGGAAGAGCAAGUUCAAGGUCUGGUUCCCGGUCGACCCCUUCGGUGUGUACGUCUACUUCUCCAACCUGGGGAUCCUGGUGUACCUGGUGACUGUACUGACCACCACCUACCUGGCCGUCGUCAGGUGCAUGUGUGUCGCCAUGCCUCUCCACUUCAAAAACACCUUCACAAAAACCAGGUCAAGAUGGACGUUGUUUACGUUCUGCGUCCUGGCCGUGGCGAGUUACCUGCCCAUGCUGGUCAACAUGGAGAUGGUGCCCGUGUAUGACGUCAGGACCAACUCGACCAGGUCCGUCUUGUGGGUCUCCGACAGUCGGGAUGACGUCAAAGAGAUGAUCUGGAUCACCCGUGACGUCACGGUGACCUUUGUCACUGAGGUCAUCGUCAUCGUCUGCCUGGUCGUCAUGGCCAGGUCUUUGAGGGCCGCGUCCAGAUUCCGUCAGCAGACAGCCGGACACGACAGCAAGACAGCCGGACACGACAGCAAGACAGCCGGACACGACAGCAAGACAGCCGGACACGACAGCAAGACAGCCGGACACGACAGCAAGACAGCAGGUCAUGACAGCAAGACAGCCGGCCAUGACAGCAAGACAGCAGGUCAUGACAGCAAGACAGCCGGACACGGCACACAUAAAGUCGGUCACGGUACACAAAUAGCCGGACCAGAUACCCCAACGGCCGGUCACAACACCAUCACGGAAGAAAUAGAAAAGUCUCCUACACAUCCAUCAAAGCACAAUGAACCCUUCAGCGGUCACCACAUCAAAAACCAACGUAACCUUGACCUUGCAAAAGAGGUGACCAACACUGCCGGCCACCCAAACCUGAGCCGGAUCUCCCAGAAGGAGUUGACCAUUGUCCGGCAGGUGGCGCUCAUCUCACUGGUCUACAUCCUGUGCAACACGCCCAAGGUCAUGAUCGCCCUGACGGCCAUGUGUGUCCGAGACUUCACCCUGGGGAGAACCUUCCAGAAUGUCUACCUCACGGUCCUGGGCAUCAUGGAGCUGUGCCAGGCCUUCAACUCUAGCAUCAGCUUCGUCAUCUACUUCACCUGCAACGCCAGGUUUAGGAGGCAUGCUGGGAUGUGUAGCAAGUAG